AUGAUUGAGAUUGUUCCCGACGUUCUGGAAUACAAGCCACCUUUCACUGUUUCCUCGACGGAGUAUGUCACAAUCAAGAACAACAGCAACGAGACCGUGGCCUUCAAGGUGAAGACGACGGCACCCAAGAUCUACUGCGUGCGGCCGAACGCCGCAAUUGUGGAACCGGGCAAGGAGAUGCAGAUCCAGGUCAUCCUACUCGGGCUCAGCGAGGAGCCCGCCUCGGACUUCAAAUGCAAGGACAAGUUCUUGCUGAUAACCCUGCCCUCGCCCUACGACCUCGGGGAGACGACGGUGGCGGAGGCGUGGCCGCAGUUGGAGGCCGAGUUCAAGCAGCAGGCGGUGUCGAAGAAGAUAAAGGUGAAGUACCUGCUCGACUCGGAGCCCAGGGAUACGUCAGUGGCGGAGACCGCGACGGCGGACUACACUGCCGUGCAGGCGGACACCACGGACAAAAUGAGCGAUAGGGCGCCGGCAGCGAAGCCCGCCGCGUCUGUAGGUAGUGGUAGCGCCCCCGCGAGCGCGAGCGAGAAGGGACGGCCGGCGCCUGUCUCGCGGACGCAGGAGAGCGGGCCGAUUUUCAACCCGGCCUUGCUGUUGCUUGUCGCGUUGAUAGCAUUGGUUCUGGGCUGGUUGUACUAUUAA